GGGAGAUGAGGGAUUGGGAGGAGGGAGAGGAGGGAGAGGAGAGAGAGGAGGGAGAGGAGGGAGAGGAGGGAGAGCAAGGAAGAGGAGGGAGAGGAAGGAAGAGGAGGGAGAGGAGGGAGAGGAAGAGGAGGAAGAGGACGGAGAGGAAGGAGAGGAGGGAGAGGAGGGAGAGGAGGGAGAGGAAGAGGAGGAAGAGGAGGGAGAGGAAGGAAGAGGAGGGAGAGGAGGGAGAGGAGGGAGAGGAGGGAGAGGAGGGAGAGGAAGGAGAGAGGGAGAGGAGGGUGGGAGGGGAGGGAGAGGGGGGAUAGGAGGGAGAGGGAGAUGAGGGA